GUCGGACCGGCAGCCUUCCGCUCCGCCCCGCGGCCGCAGGCGCUCACCACGGCGAGAGGGGCGGGGUGGCCGGGGCCCACGCUCCUCUCGGCUGCUGCUCGCGGCCCGCCCCGCCGCCCCGGCACCCCCUCCCCUCCCUGGAUGACGGUAUAUAUUCCAGGAGGGCGCGGGACGCCGGCGAGUAGUCAAGCCGCAGGAGCCGGAGCCAGGCGGAGCCGCGGGAACGCCGAGGGAGCUCUCACAACUCUGCUUCUACAAAGUCUCGCUACCAGCACACUAUGAAUGUUAAUGACCUCAAACUCAGGUUGUCCAAAGCUGGACAAGAGCACCUGCUGCAGUUUUGGAAUGAGCUGGAGGAAGCCCAACAGGCAGACCUUUAUACGGAGCUCCAGGCCAUGAACUUUGAAGAGCUGAACUUAUUUUUCCAGAAGGCCAUUGGAGGAUUUGAUCAUUCCUCUCAUCAAGAAAAGGUGGAUGCACGAAUGGAGCCUGUGCCCCGAGAGGUGCUGGGCAGUGCCACCAGAGAUCAAGACCAGCUUCAGGCCUGGGAGAAUGAAGGACUUUCCCAGAUUUCUCAGAACAAAGUAGCAGUUCUUCUUUUAGCUGGUGGUCAGGGCACAAGACUUGGAGUUGCAUAUCCGAAGGGCAUGUAUGAUGUUGGCUUGCCAUCCCACAAGACCCUUUUUCAGAUUCAAGCAGAACGCAUUCUGAAACUACAGCAGUUAGCUGAAAAACGCUAUGGCAACAAGUGCGUCAUCCCAUGGUAUAUAAUGACCAGCGGUAGAACAAUGGAGUCUACAAAGGAGUUCUUCACAAAGCACAAGUACUUUGGUUUAAAAAAGGAGAACGUGGUCUUUUUUCAGCAGGGAAUGCUGCCUGCUAUGAGUUUUGAUGGGAAAAUUAUUUUGGAAGAGAAAAACAAAGUCUCUAUGGCUCCAGAUGGGAAUGGUGGUCUCUACCGGGCUCUUGCAGCCCAAAACAUUGUGGAGGACAUGGAGCAAAGAGGCAUCUGGAGUAUUCACGUCUAUUGUGUGGACAACAUACUGGUAAAAGUGGCAGACCCACGGUUCAUUGGAUUCUGCAUUCAGAAAGGAGCAGACUGUGGGGCAAAGGUGGUAGAGAAAACAAACCCCACAGAGCCAGUUGGGGUGGUUUGCCGAGUGGACGGAGUCUACCAGGUGGUAGAGUACAGUGAGAUUUCCCUGGCAACAGCUCAGAAGCGGAGCUCGGAUGGACGCCUGCUGUUCAACGCAGGGAACAUUGCCAACCAUUUCUUCACUGUCCCGUUCCUGAAAGAUGUUGUCAAUGUUUAUGAACCUCAGUUGCAGCACCAUGUGGCUCAAAAGAAGAUUCCAUAUGUGGAUUCCAAGGGGCACUUAAUUAAGCCAGACAAGCCAAAUGGAAUAAAGAUGGAAAAAUUUGUCUUUGACAUCUUCCAGUUUGCAAAGAAGUUUGUGGUGUAUGAAGUGUUACGGGAAGAUGAGUUCUCUCCGCUCAAGAAUGCAGACAGUCAGAACGGGAAGGAUAACCCAACCACUGCAAGGCAUGCUUUGAUGUCCCUUCAUCAUUGCUGGGUCCUCAAUGCUGGGGGACAUUUCAUAGAUGAAAAUGGCUCUCGCCUCCCAGCAAUUCCCCGCAGUGCUACAAUUGGAAAGUCUGAGAGCAUCACAGCUGAUGUCAAUCACAACUUGAAAGAUGCCAACGAUGUGCCAAUCCAGUGUGAAAUCUCUCCUCUCAUCUCCUAUGCUGGAGAAGGGCUAGAAGGUUAUGUGGCAGAUAAAGAGUUCCAUGCACCUUUAAUCAUCGAUGAAAAUGGAGUUCAUGAGCUGGUGAAAAAUGGCAUAUGAAUCCUAAAGUGAGCUCUGUCAUAUGGGGAACCUUUAUUAUUAAUAGACCAACUGUGAACGUGCAGGACCUCCCUCUCCUGGAAGGCUGAAGUUUGGACAUUAUUCAUAGAGUUUCAUUUUGCUUGCUGGUAUCUGGUAAACAAUACAAACUUCCCAGACCAGCUGUCUGGACUUCAGACAGCAUUGUUAUGAUUCUCAACUCAUUGAAGGUCUUAUUUAUACUUUGUAACUCUAUAAGCUGUUAAGUUCUUCCAAGCCAGGGCUUACGUUGGCCAUCCAGGAAGCUUCCUCAGCUUGACUUCACUUGGAUCAGGAAGCAUUUGUUUGAAGUUGUACAUAGUGAUAAGUCAUUGUACAUUUCAAAAGGUUUCUAUGGUACUAAAAUUUUGUUUUAUUUUAUCAGAUAUUAAAGUUUUUUAAGAAAAUAACUGGACAGCAAAAUAAAAUUAUCUUUUUGUCUCUGGAGA